AUGUCUGAAUGGAAAGUUGAUCCGGAUAACCGUAGAAGACUAUUGCAACUGCAAAAAAUUGGUGCCAAUAAGAAAUGUGUUGAUUGUAAUGCUCCUAAUCCACAAUGGGCUUCUCCAAAGUUUGGUAUUUUCAUAUGUCUGGAAUGUGCUGGUACUCACAGAAGUUUAGGUGUCCAUAUCUCUUUUGUUAGAUCGAUCACCAUGGAUCAAUUCAAACCAGAAGAGUUGGUUAGAAUGGAAAAAGGUGGCAAUGAACCAUUUAUUGAAUAUAUGAAAAGUCAUGGUAUUGAUUUGACUUUACCUCCGAAAAUCAAGUACGAUAAUCCAAUAGCUCAAGAUUAUAAAGAUAAAUUAACCUGUUUGGUAGAAGGUACAGAAUUUGUUGAGCCAGAACAUCCUGAUUUUGAUGCUUCUACAUUGACAGCAAAUGCAAAUUCUGCUUCAAACGGGAACGGCAAUGCUUCUGAAUCAGAAAAUAUUCCUUUAGAGAACAGAAGAGGUAACACACCAAAACUACCUGCUGAUCAAAAAGAGAAGAAUGAAGCUUAUUUCAAUGAGUUAGGAAAUAAGAAUCAAUCUAAACCAGAUCAUUUACCUCCAUCUCAAGGUGGUAGAUAUCAGGGUUUUGGCAGUGCUCCAGUCAAUAACAACCGUGGCGGUAAUGCGGAUGCUGUCUCUUUUGAAACUCUACAAACUGACCCGUUAGGUACCUUAUCUAAAGGUUGGGGUUUGUUUUCAACAGCUGUUCACAAAUCCUUUGAUGAAGUUACCGAAUCUGUAAUUAAGCCAAGUUACGAACAAUGGCAAUCCGGUGAAAUGGCUGAUGAAACUAAGAGAGCAGCUGCUCAAUUUGGUCAAAAAUUUCAAGAAACUACAAGUUAUGGUUUUUCUGCAUUCUCGAAUUUCGCCAAAACCUUGCAAGAUCAAUAUUCAGAUUCUUUCGUUAAUAUGGACACGACUGAACCUUCAUUUAAUAAUAACGUUCCAGAAAGAAGUAAAUCCCCAGUCAAAAACGUUACGAAGGAUGAAGAAGAUUGGGAACAAUUUUAA